AUGACACUUUGCUUUGAGUUAUUGAAUUUGAGACCAAAGUUUAUGAGAUUUGACAUUUGGCCUUUUGUCAUUGGUUAUAUUGCUUUGUAUUCUUGGUGGAGUACUUUAGAUGAAGAAGCCCCCAUGGAAACAAAUCCAUUAAUGGAAAAAAUAAAUAUAGCCACAUUCUAAGGAGCAGAAAGUAUAUUUUUAAGCUAUAUAUAGUUUAUAAUGAUGAAGUAUAUUAUGAAUCAAUGGAAAAUAUUUAUGCAAGAUUAACAUUUAUUGGUUUAGUGUUUUUUCAUUCAUUAGUAUAUAUGAGUUCAUAUUGGUCAGUUUAAAUGAAAUCAAAAAUUAGAUAUUUUUCUGGAGGGAAUAAACUCAGUUUGAAUAAUAUUAGAAAUUAUAAAUAUUGCAAAGUCUUAUUUAUUAAGCAAUAGAAAUCUUAUAGUGAUAUAGUGACUAUUCAUUAAGAUUAAAAAAAUAAAUAUUGGAUCUACUUUAUGGAAAAUAAGUAUUUUUAUGAUGAGGAAAAAGAAUUGUUUAUCAGAUUAAAACCAAAUGUAAAAUUUAAUCUUGAAAAUUUGGAAAGACAAGAAAAAAUAGAAGAAUAUGAAAAAAAUUCUUUAUUAAUCCCAAUGAAGAAGUUUAGUGAGGUGUUAAAAGAAUAAUUAAUGGAACCUUUUCAUUCUUUCAAAUUUUUAGUGUUUCGUUAUGGUUAUUAGAUGAGAGUAGAAUCUAUGCAUUAUUUACUUUAUCAAUGCUUUUUGUUACAUCCUGUACUGUAGUAAUUCAAAGAAUGA